AUGCCACUUAUAAUCCUAACCGGCUACCCCUGCUCGGGCCUAACCCAUCGCGCACACCAACUCGCGAAAGGCCUGGAAGAAACGCAAUCACAACUCUUCGCGAACGGGACAAUCCCGCCCUCGAAAUCAAAAUACAAGAUACACGUCGUAUCGACGCACGACAAUGUCAAUUAUCCGCGGACGGUAUACGACACCGCGCGCACGGAGAAGGAGGCGCGCGGUCUUGCUUACACAAGGGCUAAACGCAUGCUGGGAAGAGACAGCUUCGUGAUUUUGGAUGGGAUGAACUAUAUCAAGGGGUAUCGCUAUCAGCUCUGGUGUGAGUCGAAAGCGCUGGGAACGACAUGUUGCGUUGUCCACGUUGGAACGCCAAUUGAUCAGUGUGUCGCGAACAACGAAGCGCGGAUACAGAGGAAGAACGAAAUGUCAUCACAACCAACCGGCUCUACGAAUGAGAACGAGAACCCGGCAUCGGAAUCGAACCCUUCCCCCGAACCCACGACCUCUCCUAAAACCAUCGAAGAAAGCGACCCCUACCCGCCCGACCUCCUCAACAACCUCAUCUUCCGCUACGAAGAACCCUCCAUGCACAGCCGCUGGGAUAAACCCCUCUUCACAGUCCCCUGGUCCGACGCGGAACCCCCAAUCGCCGAUAUCUGGACCGCACUGACCGGCGUCGCGCACCCCGAAACCCUCGAGAAAGAAGAUUCGGUCUCCGACCUCACAGCAUCUCUCACCUCAACAACCAUCUCCCCCUCCUCCGCCGCUAGCACAACGACCGCACGCACAUCCCGAGGCGGCUUCUCGACCCGACCGCGCGCCGUGAUAAAACCGCACCAGGCCACCGUCGCGCCCGCCGCAAGCGACUCCUCGGCGCUAUAUAACAUGGAAAAGCGAACGUCGGCAAUCGUCCAGGCAAUCCGCUCUUUCACGCUCGCGAAUCCCUCCGCGAAAGCGACGCUUGCGUCGUCCAAACAACAGCAACAACGCUCCUCCGCCGACGACGAAGACUUCAGCAGACAGGAAGAAGGAAUCCGGAUCCCCGUCCCGGAAUCAACAACGCCCGUCUUCAUACCCUCCCAUAUCGCCUCGGCCAGCGUAACAGAUGAUCUUGGUGCCGCGGGCGGAAUCCUCGCGCUCCCGCGACUCCAACGAUUGCGCAGGCAGUGGAUUACGCUGAACAGGGCUUAUAUCGGGGCGCCGCAUGCGGCGGGGAAGGGCGGGGGUGGAUUGAAGGAGGCGGAUAUCGGGGAUGCGUUUGUGAGGUUCCUGAAUGCGGAUUUUGGGGAUGAGGUUGAGGAGCGCUAG